GAUGGGUCGGCUACGGGGAGGCCCGGGGGUCGAUCGCGGCGUUUCUGUACGUCUUUACGAAGGGGACGUCGGAGCUCCCGACCAAGCUGCGAAAGGUCGGGGGCCCGAGCCUCGCGCAGCAGGACCUGCCAGGUACGAACGAGCGAGAGCGAGCAAGUGCACGAGAGAGCGGGCUGCGCCCGUGGGGGGGAAGCCCGCGCCAAGAAUCGUCGCGUCUGUUGUUGCCCGCUCACCGUCCCUUGUUUUCUGUUUGUGCGGCUGUGCUUUUGUUACUGGCAUUGCUGUGCCGCCCGUUCCCCGAACACUUUGUUUCACGCAGAGACCGGCCCCUCGUUCGGGGCCGACAGCCUCGUGAUCCCCCUGGAAAAGUCCAGCCCGAGGGUGGCGAGGAGCAAGCUCGGGAGCUACUACGAACGAUUCCCCGGGGGCGGAAACACGCUGUUUGGAAAACGCGGGUCGAGCGUCCGAUUGAAGGAUUUGAAGGUAUACCACGGCGUUUACGCGGAAGGAGAAUACAUUCCCUUUACGGAUGCCGAACCGUUUGCAUUAUAUUAAGAAAAAAACUAGCUUUGCCCG